AUGAACAACGAAACUCUGCUUUACAAUGUGUCGUUCAACGAAGAUUAUAUUUUCGACAGGACCGACGUAAAAGUAAUUUUCAUCACUUUAUACACCAUCGUAUUUGUCUGCUGUUUCUUCGGCAACCUAAUGGUGAUUUUCGUGGUGACAUUCUCCCGUCGGUUGCGCAGCAUCACAAACUUCUUCCUAGCGAAUCUGGCGGUGGCGGACUUUUGCGUGGGCAUAUUCUGCGUCUACCAAACGCUCACCAAUUACUUGAUGAACAGCUGGCAGCUAGGUGACUUCCUCUGCAAGGUGUAUAUGUUCGUACACGCGCUCUCGUACACCGCCAGCAUACUGAUUCUCGUAGUAGUAUGCACCGAGCGUUAUCUAGCCAUCGUCCAUCCUAUCAAGUGUCGGUCCAUGUUGACCAGGAGACGUCUCAGAAUGGUGGUAGGUGUAGUAUGGAUCCUGGCGGCCGUGUAUGCCUCGCCCAGAUUUUUCUACGUUGAGACCAUCAGCAAUCGUCUCAACAGCGGCGACGUCGACAUUAUCUGCAUAGCCAAUAUCAAGAAACACAACAAGAACGUUUUGGACGUGGUGAAUCUCGUCUUACUCUACCUCCUGCCGCUCUUCCUUAUGUGUUGCCUCUACACAAGAAUCGCCAUAGGCCUCUGGAGGAGCAGCGCGACCUUCGGAGGACCCGGCCUAGUCGCCAGGACGAAAAAUGGUCGGGUACACCAUGUACACACGUCCAGCAGAAACGUACUGAAGGCACGACGCGGCGUUAUCAGAAUGUUGAUCGCAGUGGUGAUGAUGUUCGCCGUUUGCAACCUGCCUCAGCAGGCGCGUAUCCUCUGGCGACACUGGGGCCCAAACUACGAUCACGCGUCGGACUUCAGCACUUUGCUGACCGUGUCGACCUUCCUCAUCUCGUACAUGAACUCCUGCAUGAACCCACUGCUGUACGCCUUUCUAUCGCGCAACUUUCGCAAGGGUAUGUGGGAAUUACUGCACUGCAGAGGGUCGAGGAACAACGGCGGUGCCCUGGCGAUGGUGUGUGCCAGCUCUGACCACAACCGCCACGAGAAUGGCAUUACCCAUGUACCACAGAACUCGGUCGUCCGACUGAACUCUGUGCAGGACAGCCUAUCCACUACUCGGCAGACCAUCACUCGGCACAACACUUUAUACGGCAAGAGAACUUAA